AGCAGAGGAGGUUAGCGCGCGCCGCCGGGAUUGGGGUACUUGGGAGGUGAUGAGGCCGGGGCUCAUCCGAGAGCGCGUGACGGCCUUUGAGUUCCUCACCUGGGGAACGGACCUCUCACUUAGGGGCUGGAUAUCUCACCUGAGGCCUGGACCUUUCAUCUAUCUUCCUCACCUGGCGGCCGCAGGUGUCAUCUAUAAACUGCUCUACCUCUGGGUCCGGCUCAAUGUGGUUGGAGGGGGGGCAGUAGUCGACAUUUCCGCAGGGGGUUCAGACAGUGAGUUCACAAUGACCUUUCGAACUUUAAGUGACUUGAGUGAGCAGGAGGAGGAGACGAUGUGAAUUAUCUGUAUUUUAGAGAACAUCUGUUUAUAUAAACAAUACAGUUUCGUCUGGUCUUUGGUUUACAAGUAGGCCUCAUUACAUCAGAUAAACACUUCCAGGUUAAAGCCACAAUUUGAACGAAUGACUCCGACAGUUUCCUUGUUAGGUUUGGAGUCACAAUUGUCAGGGACAACAGGAUCUUUGAAGGGUGCUAUCUAAUCUGAGGUGCCCUCCUUCUCCACGCCACAUUUGUAUCUGAGCUUGGCUGCUGGAAGGCGAUUAGCCAUCUGCCUUCCCUGCAGCUGGCCCCAUUCCUGCCGAUAGCUGGGUUUUAUGUACUGGCGAAUAUCUACCUAUAUUGUUUUGCUCCUGGCUGGGUAUUCCAGCUCACCCUGGUCUGUUGUCUUGGAAAAUGGCUGCUGUUGGUCCUCAGCAGAAAACACACCCCUUUGUGGCUGUGAGGUAGGAGGAGGAUCAGGUGCAUGAAGUUUAAAGCUCUUCAUGGCUGGCAAGAAAUCAUCAGGCAGGCAGUCACUGCUGCCUCUGGGGCUGUUGGUCACUGUAGCUGCCAUCCACCUUGUUGCCUGUCCGUACACCAAGGUAGAAGAGAGCUUCAACCUGCAGGCUACGCAUGACCUUCUGUAUCACCAGCUGGACAUAGACAAGUAUGACCACCAUGAGUUUCCUGGAGUCGUUCCCAGGACAUUCCUGGGGCCGCUGUUGAUUGCCGCGUUCUCCAGCCCUGUGGUUUAUGUGCUUUCACUGUUGGAAGUCUCCAGAUUUUAUUCUCAGCUGAUAGUCAGAGGCGUCCUUGGACUUGGUGUGAUUUUUGGACUCUGGACAUUACAGAAGGCAGUAAGACAGCAGUUCGGGGCUACGGUGGCUGUCAUGUUCUGCUGGAUAUCAGCCACACAGUUUCAUCUCAUGUUCUACUGUACGAGGACGCUUCCCAACGUGUUGGCCCUGGCUGUGGUUUUACCGGCCCUCACAGCCUGGCUGCAGCACAGAUGGGCCGUCUUUGUCUGGCUCUCCGCCUUUGUCAUCAUUGGCUUCAGGGCUGAGCUGGCUAUGCUGCUGGGCAUCAUGCUGCUGCUGACCUUGUACCAAAGGAGGAUGUCUGUGGCCAGAUUGCUCCAGCACGCCAUCCCAGCAGGGAUUCUUUGCCUAGGGCUGACGGUUGCUGUGGACUCCUAUUUCUGGCGAUACCUUGUGUGGCCAGAAGGAGUGGUGCUUUGGUACAACACUGUCCUGAACAAAAGUUCCAACUGGGGUACCUCCCCACUCCUGUGGUAUUUCUACUCAGCCCUGCCCCGAGGCCUGGGCUGCAGCCUUCUCUUCAUACCCCUGGGUGCAGUGGACAGGAGAACCUUUGCGUUGGCUCUGCCAAGCCUUGGAUUCGUGGCUUUAUACUCGCUCCUCCCACACAAGGAACUGCGGUUCAUCAUCUAUACCUUCCCUGUACUCAACAUCAUGGCUGCCAGAGGCUGCACCUAUGUCCUGAAUAAAAAGUCUUGGCCGUACAAGGUGAGAGCUCUGCUGGUGUUUGGACAUGUCGUGGUAAAUGUGGCGUCUACAGCCACAUCCCUCUAUGUGUCCCAUUUCAACUACCCUGGUGGGGUUGCGAUGCAGCGGCUACAUGAACUGGUGCCACCUCAGACAGAUGUCCUUGUACACAUCGAUGUGGCUGCUGCCCAGACAGGCGUGUCACGGUUUCUACAGGUCAACGAUGACUGGAGGUAUGACAAGAGGGAAGAUGUGCAGCUGGGAGCAGCGGGCAUGCUGGACUACACCCACAUCAUCAUGGAGGCAGUGCCUGGGCACCUGGCCCUCUACAGGGACACGCACCGAGUCCUAGCCCGGAUUGAGGCCACUACAGGUGUGAGCCUGAAUCUAAUGAAAGUGCCGCCCUUUGAUGUCAGCCUGCAGACAAAGCUGGUACUUCUAGAGCGGCUGCUUAGGCCGGCCUGAGGACAGGAGAUCUGGAGCAUCAAGUGUGGUCACCACCUAACUCAGUAAAGACAGGAAAACAGCACAGGCCAGGGACUUCCAGUAACCCCCGGCGUUGCCCUGCAGCAGGCUGGGCCAGGCCCUACAACAGCCACACCUGAGACACAGGGCCGAGAAUGUGGAGCCACCACCAAGUGUGAUAAUGGCCUGUUCAAACCUGUCUGCCAUGGUUAGGUGACCCACAGGAGUGUUUAUAUUCAUUCUGGGAGCCAUUCAGAACCAAGAGGACAAUGAGUCAGGCUAGAACGCCCUGCCACCCUGCUCUGCAGUGACCCCACUAUAUGUUUCUUGCCCCUGAACCACACUUGUUGCCCAUGGCCUCAGGAGACGACGAUGUAAAACCAGGUCUUUACAGAUUAGACACACACACACACACCACCAAUCAUGGCAGCUGUUAUAGUCCGAGGCAUGCUACCUCCAUUUCGGAUUAGUUCUGAGGACAUAACACGUUUUCAUAAAAGAACAGAAAUAAAAAUUAUGUUAUAUUA